AUGAGAUCUGUGAUAUUGAAAAUUUAAAUAAAUUUAAUGGAUAUUAAUAAUGCUACAGUAAUUGUUAAUUAGAAUGAUAAGAAGAUAUAUUAAUUUAUUAUGUAAAAUGUAUUAAAGAUUGAAAUUUAAUAGAUUGAAAAUAUGAAUCAAUAUGCGGUGAUUAAUAAGUUGCAAUAAAGUAAAAUAUAUAAUGUGAUCUCCUUAAAGAUUAUAAAUGCAUUAACUAUUAAUAUAAAUGUGAAGAUUAUUGUUAUAUUUUUCAAUCAAACUAUCUUUGUGUUCUUUGUUCAUAUUCAUAUUAAUUUCUUGAUGGUAUAUUUUAUUCAUUUCAUUUUUUAAAUAUCUUAUACAUACUAAUCAGUUUUUGGAUAAAAAUUGGUUUCAGAAUUCUUCAUUUUUUAAAUUACAAAUUAAUAAUCCAAUAAUUUAGUUUACUAUAUUUUAAAAAAAAAGUAUUUCAAAUGA